UUUGCCCCCUCUCAGUCCAUCCGUUGUCCUUAUGAAGCCAUCAAUCUCGUCGAAAUUCGUCGCCGGAGUAGCUUCGCCGGAACCCUAUGGUCCCAUAAACUAGUAAUCAACGGACGUUCUGGUGCAGUGAAAUGGCGGGCUAGAAGAAAGUCGGGAGGCAGAGCUUUUGUAGUUUCAUGCUCUUCUUCGCGCGGUACAUGCUGUGUUGAGUGAAUGAGGCAAUAUUACUUUGGAGUAGAACAAUCAGAAUGAACAAAGGGUUUUGGAUGACAAAGGGUCCUGGGCACGAAAAUGAUGCAAAUUCAACUUUUGAUGGCCCAUCAUUAUUGGACUCGAAGCGGGCACAUCACUGGUUUGUAGAUGGUUGUGAGACACAGGUUUUUCCCAACAAGAAGCAAGCAAUUCAAUCUCCAAACAGCAAAAUGACUGGAGGGUUGUCAAAUAUGAAUGUUCUUCCUUGGGAGCAGCAUAGUGCUAAUUAUCAGUCUGUUUCACACCAACUUAUUGGUCGCUUAUUUGGACCUGAAUCAGUAAGGUCUACUGACUUUGAUCUAACGAAAGCAUCUCCUGUAAUUUCUGAUAGUUUGGAUCUCGGGAGAAAAGGUAUUGAAGACCAAUAUGGAGAGGAUGCAUCCGUAGGGUUGUCUAUAUCUCAUGGUAUGGAGGAUUCUGAAACAUCUCUCAGCUAUGGAGGAAUUAGAAAAGUGAAAAUCAAUCAGGUUAAAGAUAAUCUACAUGGUCUGCAAGCGUCUCUAAGAAAUAAUUCUAGUAGGGAAGAUGGUGAUCAAAUAUCCAUAGAAGGAUACUAUAAGGAAACUGAAACGGGUCUUGCAUCUGCGGGAUCAGCCUAUAUUAAGGAGGACGACAGUUUCAAUUUGAUGAAUCAACCCUCCAACGAUGGGGAUCACCAUAUUAGGUUUCUAGGUCCUGGUGGGAAGGUAGAUGGCAAUGUUGUCUCAAUUGGUGAUGAUUACGGUAAGCGGGAUGCAAAUAUAAUCUCAUUUGGGGGAUUUCCUGAUGAGCAAGAUAUCAUCUCGUUAGGCAGGUCUCUUGGAAGCCAUGACCCAACAUUUUACGAAUCUUCAUUCCAAUCAUCUGAAGCUCCAGGUCUCACAGAGUUGGAAUCAUCAAAUUUUGAUGUAGCUGUUGCUGUAAGUAGUAAUCAAAUUGCUAAGCAAAAGCCUGAUACAACCCCAAAGAGUAGACCAGAAUACAAAAUGAGGAAAGAAGCUCCAAACAGCUUUCCAUCAAAUGUUCGAAGUUUGAUAACGACUGGUAUGCUCGACGGCGUUCCUGUGAAGUAUGUUUCUGUAGCUAGAGAGGAGCUUCGUGGAAUUAUAAAUGGAUCCGGCUAUCUUUGUGGGUGCCAAUCUUGCAACUUCUCCAAGAUGCUUAAUGCCUAUGAGUUUGAGCGACACGCUGGCUGCAAAACAAAACACCCAAAUAAUCAUAUAUACUUUGAGAAUGGGAAGACAAUCUAUCAGAUAGUACAAGAAUUAAGAAGCACUCCGGAGAGCAUGUUGUUUGAUACAAUUCAGACUAUCUUUGGUGCACCAAUCAAUCAGAAAUCUUUCCGGAGUUGGAAAGAAUCAUUUCAAGCAGCUACACGAGAGCUUCAGCGCAUCUAUGGCAAGGAAGAACUUAACCUUUAGUUGACUCCCUUCAUCGCCAGUUCUGUAAAUGUAGGUAAAGGUUAGUUGGAUUCUGUGCAAAAGAAUCAAGUUUUACUUUCUACUGAUCCACAUUCUACAAUUUCGUCGAAUUAGAAAAUAGAUAUUUAUCCCCUACCCGCCCUGAUGCAUCUCGUUGGUGGGUGAAGUUCAAUAUCAUAUUUCCCGUUGCCGAGAAAGAUGCAACGAUGUUUCAAGCACAGUGAACAGUGGGGGUUAGAAUUUAGAUUUAGCACCUUAUCUGGAGUAUUUGUGACCAAUUUGUUUUGGAAAAUACAUCCACAUUGUAAAUCUCUUAGCUCUGAAAUCUGACUCAACUUCUGUUGUUAACUGUGAAAACGAGUGGCUUUAGUGUUAUGUAUUUGGGGGUGGAGUUUUGAAAACAUUGAAAUUUUAAUUUAAACUUUUUGUUGUAACUGCUUCUA